AUGUCAGCCGCCAACAGCCCCACCACCGCCUCGACAGAGUUCGCGCCCGGCUCCUCGUCCUCCUCGAACCCGCUCAAGAAGUUUAAGCUGGUGUUUUUGGGCGAACAGAGCGUGGGCAAGACCAGUCUCAUUACGCGCUUUAUGUAUGACACAUUCGACAACACAUACCAAGCGACUAUCGGUAUUGACUUUCUGUCAAAGACGAUGUAUCUGGAAGAUCGGACAGUCAGAUUACAACUCUGGGACACGGCUGGACAAGAACGGUUUCGCUCCCUCAUCCCCUCUUACAUUCGUGAUUCCUCAGUCGCCGUUAUCGUCUACGACAUAACAAACCGCACAUCUUUCUUGAACACAUCUAAGUGGGUUGACGAUGUGCGGAAUGAGCGAGGGCAGGACGUGAUCAUCGUCUUGGUAGGGAACAAGACGGAUCUGAACGACAAGCGCCAAGUCACACCAGAAGAUCUCGACAAACGGGCGAAGGAGCUGGGCGUCAUGUCGAUCGAGACCUCGGCUAAGGCGGGUCAUAAUGUCAAGACGCUGUUCAAGAAGAUCGCUAUGGCGCUGCCGGGAGGGAACACUGAGCUGAAAGAUCCAACUGCAAAUCAGAAAAUCGAUGUGUCGUCGGCAAAGGAAGAUGUACCAGAGGCGUCUGGGUGCUCGUGCUAG